AUGCCCUCGCCCCUGCCCGCGCGCCGCCUCCUCGCCGGGGAGCCGUCCCCUUGCGGGGACUCGCGGCGGCCCUGCAGCAGCCCCUGCGCGCGCCCCCCGCGCGGCACCCCUCCCCGCGCGCCGCGCCUGCCCCGGCGUCCGGCCUGGUGCGCCAUCGACUGGGCGCAGGUGCGCCUCCUGCGAAGGCUGGGCGCCGGGGGCUUCGGCUCCGUCUACAAGGCCACUUACCGCGGGCUGCCCGUGGCCAUAAAACAAGUGAGCAGGCGCACCAAGAACCUCCGGGCGUCCCAGCGAAGUUUCUGGGCCGAGCUCAACGUGGCCAGGCUCCGGCACGACAACAUCGUGCGCGUGGUGGCCGCCAGCACGCGCACGCCCGCGGGCUCCCACAGCCUGGGCACCAUCGUCAUGGAGUUCGGAGGCGACCUCACGUUGCACCAGCUCAUCUACGAGGAGCAGGGCGCGGCUCCUGGCUCGGCCGGAGGGCAGCUCAGUCUGGGGAAGUGUCUGAAGUAUUCCCUGGAUGUGGUCAACGGCCUGAGGUUCCUGCACUCCCGGAACAUCGUGCACUUGGACCUGAAACCAGCCAACAUUUUGAUCAGUGAGCAAGACGUCUGCAAAAUUGGGGACUUUGGCUGCUCGGAGAAACUGGAAGAUCCGACUGGCUUCCUGGUUCUUCACCCGGUGGGCGGCACCUACACACACCGGGCCCCAGAGCUCCUGAAAGGAGAGUCCAUAACGCCCCAAGCUGACAUCUACUCGUUCGCCAUUACGCUCUGGCAGAUGAUAACCAAAGAGGUGCCUUACUCCGGGGAGCGACAGUAUAUUCUCUACGCGGUGGUGGCCCACAACCUGCGCCCGUCCCUUGCAAAUGCUGUCUUCACAGACUCUGCCCUGGGCCGAAGACUGGAGACCAUCAUUGGUCGCUGCUGGACAGCCAGCGUUCGGCAGCGGCCAAGUGCAGAACUUCUUCUUGUUGACCUGAACACUUUAAAAGCGGAGUUUGGCUGACUUUGAACCUAUGUGAGACACCCUUUCCCCCUUUGUAUUCAUUUUUAAAGAAGUAGAAAAAAAUUUAUGUGUAGGAUGGACUUUCAGAAAAUAAAGUUACUUGAAACCUG